GGAGAAUGAGAAUAUCUGCAAAGUCACAUACAAGGAGAAGAGUCUUAUUAUUUAUUGCCAAUGUAGUUUUUCAAAUCCAAACUGAGCGAGUUAGUUAUGUUUUAUUGCCAGUUCGCUCUCCAAACCAGGUCUCCUCCAUGGAGAAUCUUCUGCCGUUAUGGAUGACAUCGUGCAGCCCUAGAAGUAUUACUCCGUUACACAAGAAAGUUUUCUUAGGUGUAAGAAUUACUUCACUUAAAUGUAAAGAAAUGGAGGACCUCUUGAAAUCUGCUGGAUCUCAUUACAAAAAAGAUUUCAUGAAAAGCCUAUGAGAGCAGCUAAACGUGAAUGCAUGAAGAAUAUAUCACCUCAAUUAACUUCUUAGAUUUCAUAAACUUACUGCUGGGGGUAAGCCAUAUGUGCAUGUGGAAAGUGAAUUGUGGAUCGAAAAGCACUAUGAGACCUUCAUCCUAAAGCUUCAGUCAUCAGGAUGGAAAACAGAACGCCUUUUAUCUCCUUCAAUCAUUUGGAGAGCAAAAUGGUUAUUGGAGCCCUGUGACGAUAAAGCCGACUAAGAAUUUUCAUGUCGGGCCUGAAAGUUUCCAGUUCCGUUAAACAAGAUAAAUGGCAGAGUAAAUAUUUUAGUUUUCAACUUCCUGACAAACACUCUUGCAACAUUGAAGCUGGGAAAAGUGUGUUGUUGGCAAUCUGCUAUUUAUUCUUAUAUACUUCGUAACUGCUUCUUGGUAGCCACUUCUUCACCUCACUUUCCACAAUUACACAUGAGGGUAUAAAACAAUCAAGAGAAUGUGAAAGCUUUACCAUACUGCAUCUCUCCUCAAGGGAACUUUUGUUUUUGCUUAGAUACAUUUUGCCUAUAACAUUCUUGAAUGCCCUCAAACAUACUUGGAAGUUUUUAUUGCCUUGAUACUUCAAAUUUUGUGAAACUAUGACACAUCAAAGCGAAGAAAUCUUUAGGGAUAAAU